AUGCGCGUCCUUGAUCGAACGCAAGCACUAGCCUUGAUCUGUUCCUUGCUCUUCGCCGUGGUCAUCGUGCAAGCGCAAAGCACCAAUCAGCCACAGUCCAAUUCGAGUCAGGCGCCCAACUCGAGUGGCAGCAGCAAUGCGCGUGAGUGAUGGAGUAGAAUGUCAGCAUGGAACGGGUCGACUGUAUGCGUGGCGGGGGGGGGAACAGGCGACGCUCAGUGUGCGCAGAGUGGAAGUUGUGAGAGACGCAAGCUCGCCCAGAGUAGAGGGCGGCCAAACAGACACAUCAUCAUCACUGAGGAUCUCUGUACCCAGCAGCGAGGACUCAGCAGCUUCGACUGACAUCGACGCUACUCCUCUUGCACUCCUGACUCGCAGCACAACCCACGGGCAAUAACACGACGCCAGCCAACGGGAACGGUAACGGUAACGGUACCACAUCGGGCAAUUCUACAAACACCAACGCUACUCAAACCACAACUACUCAAGCCAACUUUCCCACCGCUCCAGUCUUUACCACUGGUGCGCUGGCCGGAACCCAAGCGGCGCCCGCACCUGCUGGCACUGCUGGCACGGGCAGCAAUGCGGUGGGACCCAACGAUGGUUAUAUCGCUGCGGCGAAUAGGCUGUAUGCUGCUGCUGGCAUCUCUACCGUCGCUCUGCUCGGAGCAGGCACUUGGCUUAUUCUCUGA